UUGAAGAAGUUCCUAUGCUUGAGAAUGAACCGGCUAUCACGAUACUUUCAGAUGAAGAACUCAAUGAAUCCGAAUAUGUUCUUCAAAUCGAUUUCUCACAUUUAGAAAGUAUUCGUGGAAAUCAUAUUUUUACUAGACCUAUUCAUAGUGAGAUGACACAACUCUGUGAAAUUCAUACGAAGCUCAUCAAAGAAAUGAAAAAAGAGCUUGAGAGUCAAAAUAAGAAAAAUCAAACUGUAAAUAAAGAUAAUGGAAUUCAAGAGUUGGCUCAAACCAUAACUAAUCCCAUUGGCAUUAAGACAAAAGGUAGACGAUCAGGUAAACGAAUUAAAGCAUUCAAUGAUACAACGAAUAUAAUGAAAGGUAAAAAAGCAAAACAUCUUAGAAUUCAAGAGGCAAGCAACAGUACUAGGAAUAAUAUGCUUUAUUCUGGUAAAUCUUUUAUGACCGUUAUGUCUUUAUUGUUUGAUUUAUCUUUAUUUGCAUAUUAUUUAAUCAUUAUAUUUGUAGAAUCUGAUGUUGCUGUAAUUGAGCCUAUGAGUAAUGCAGAAGAAG